AUGUCUGAAUCCUGGGUUUAUCCGACCCUGCUUCUAUGUGUUUAUGGAUUCUUCUCCAACCUCCGACCAUCAGAACCUUUCCUCACCGCCUUCCUACUGGGACCGGAUAAAAACCUCACCGAGACAGAGGUGGUGAAUGAGAUAUAUCCAGUAUGGACGUACUCCUACCUGGUCCUACUGUUUCCUGUUUUCCUGGCCACAGAUUACCUCUGCUACAAGCCUGUGCUCAUCCUCCAGGCAGCCAGUUUCAUCAUCACAUACACCAUGCUGGUAAAAGCCCAGGGAGUGAUGGCCAUGCAGUUCCUCGAGUUCUUCUUUGGUGUUGCCACAGCAUCUGACAUUGCUUAUUACUCCUAUAUCUACAGCGUGGUGGAGCCAGCCAGUUAUCAGCGAGUGACUGGUUUCUGCCGCAGUGUCACUCUGCUGGGCUCAGCCGUUGGCUCGCUCAUUGGACAGGUUCUGGUGUCAGUGGCUCAAGUGCCUUUGGUUUACCUCAGCAUCAUCACAUUGUCCUCAUCCUGCUUGGCAUUUCUGGCAACAUUGUUUUUGCCCAUGCCCAGCAGAAGCCUGUUUUUUCAUGAGAAAGAUGCCAUUCCUGACGACCAAACUGCUGAGAAGCUUACUGAAAAGUUGGAGGAGUCGGAGCACAAAGUGCCACUCAGUGUGGAUAAAGGAAUUACAGUUCUUAAGAAGAAUCGUAGUAACGGUAGAGGUCUGGUGGAGGUGUUGAAAACUCUUUCGAUGGACUUUGUGCAGUGUUACUCAUGCCGCACUCUUCUAGCCUGGUCUGUGUGGUGGGCUUUGUCUACCUGUGGCUACUUCCAAGUGGUUAAUUAUGCCCAGGCACUGUGGGAGAACAUCCUGCCUUCUAAGAAUUUUAAGAUCUAUAACGGUUAUGUUGAGACCAUAGCUACUUUGCUUGGUGCCCUGGCAGCUUUCAGUGUUGGAUUUAUGAAGGUGUCCUGGGCAGUGUGGGGAGAACUGGCUCUCUGUAUUUUUUCUAUAGUCAUUGCUGUUGCUGUGUACAUCAUGGACACUGUCAGGAACAUCUGGGUUUGCUACACUUCUUACGUAUUUUUCCGAGCUGCCUAUAUGCUACUCAUAACUAUAGCCACGUACCAGAUUGCUGCCAAUCUCAGUAUGAAGAGGUAUGCCUUGGUGUUUGGUGUGAACACAUUCAUCGCAUUGCUGCUGCAGACCCUGCUCACUGUAACUGUGGUUGAUUCUGUCGGUUUGGGCCUUGACGUUUGUACCCAGUUUUUGAUCUACGGUAGUUACUUUGCUGCAAUUGCAGUGAUAUUUCUCAUAGCUGUGGUGUAUAAAGUGGCGACACGCAGCAGGACAGAUGAUACUGAGGUACAGACUGCGUGUGAGCACAGUGAAACAGAUUCAGCUGAUGGAAACAAUACCAUCCCCGCAAAGAGAAGUAAUAUUUCAGAAGCAUGA